AGCGAGAUUGAUAUGGGAGCUCUGUUGAAAUCAACCUGUGACACCUUCCUGAAGACGCUUGAAGAAUGUAUGCAGAUUGCGAAUACUGCCUUCACUUCUGAGUUACUGCAUCAGACCCCGCCAGGAUCUCCACACUUAGCAGUUCUCAGGACGAACAAGAUAAAGCACUCUGUCUUGUCCAGUCACACCUCAACAGAAAGGCAGAUGGAAUUGAACCCCUGUGAAAAUGGCUCUGUAAAAGCAGAAAUUAACCACCAAGAGCAAACCCUCAUUAAAAGUCUGGAAUGUUUAAACCUGGAAACAAAUGAGGGGAGCAGCGAUGUUUCUCUUGAAGAUCACAUAGCAGAGCAUUUGGCAGGCAUUAAAGAAGAUGGAGAGAACAAGCUGCAAGCUGUAGAAAGCUUUGGUGCCCACAAGCUGCUGCAGUUGGAAACAAAUUCUUUAAGUGGAUUGACUCUGUGUGAGGAGGACAGGAAUGAAAAUGAUUCUCCUACCUUCUUCAGUGUCAUGAGCAAUAGGUUCAGUGAUAUUGAACUUCGGGAGGAGGAGGGCAUACCAACAGAAGAGUUUCUGGAGUCAUGUUAUGCAAUUGUGCCCGUUCUGGACAAGCUGGGACCAACUGUUUUUGCUCCUGUUAAAAUGGAUUUUGUAGGUAACAUCAAGAAAAUAAACCAGAAGUUUAUAACCAACAAAGAAGAGUUUGAUACCCUUCAGAAGAUAGUGCUCCAUGAAGUGAAUGCCGGCGUAGCACAAGUUAGAAACUCUGCUACGGAGGCUCUCCUGUGGCUAAAAAGAGGCUUGAAGUUCUUGAAAGGGUUUUUGACAGAAGUGAAGAACGGGGAAAAGAAUAUCCAAAUAGCUCUGAACAAUGCUUAUGGAAAGACAUUACGGCAGCACCAUGGUUGGGUUGUCCGCGGGGUCUUUGCGUUAGCUUUAAGGGCAGCUCCAACGUACGAAGACUUUGUGGCAGCUCUGUCUGUAGAGGAGUGUGAUCCUCAGGAAGAAACAUUUUACAAAGGAAUGCAGAGGGACCUCAACAUUUAUUUACCAGCCAUGGAAAAGCAGCUAAAUAUCUUGGACACUCUCUAUGAAGUACAUGGUUUGGAGUCAGAUGAGGUAGUAUGA